UUUUUAUUUUUAUUUUUAUUUUUCGUUCAUGGCUUAUUUCAAACUACUCUCACCGUCUUCUACUGUCUCCGGUCUAUUCUCCGGCGACUCUGACGAGAUCAAGUAGCAAAACUGCAGUCUCUUUGUCUUCCACGUUUAUUCCAAGUGUAUCAGUUCAGUUUGAAUUUUGAGAAAUUCAAAUCAAAUGGAGCAUUGAUGUAAAAUUUUGAUAAACAUUCUACAAUUGGUGUUGAAGAUGUCUUCAGUUCAAGAUCCGUUUUAUAUUGUCAAGGAGGAAAUUCAGGAAUCUAUUGACAAGCUCUUGUCCAUGUUACAUCAAUGGGAGCAAAUUCCUGCAGAUAGUGGUGCGCAUGUACAUCUUACAAAGGAACUUCUUGCUACAUGUGAGAGCAUUGAGUGGCAGGUGGGUGAAUUGGACAAAACAAUUGAUGUUGCAGCGAGAGAUCCUUCUUGGUAUGGUAUUGAUUGUAUUGAGCUUGAUAAAAGAAGAAGAUGGACCAGCAAUGCCCGUGCCCAAGUGGGAACCAUGAAGAAAGCAGUAGUAGCUGGAAAGGAUUCAAAUGGGACGAGUACAUCUAAUCUUAAUGGAAUGCGGCGAGAACUGUUGAGACUGCCAGAUUCUGAUCAGAAAGAGCGAUCCAAUGCAUAUUCUGCCCGAAAGAAUGAUGACUUCAUGUCAUCAGAAUCUGAUAGGCAAUUACUUCUUAUGAGGCAACAGGAUGACGAGCUAGACGAACUUAGUGCUAGCGUAGUUAGAAUCGGAGAUGUUGGGCUCACCAUACAUGAUGAACUACUUGCACAGGACAAGAUCGUAAAUGAAUUGGGUAUGGAGAUGGACAGUACAUCUAAUCAUCUUGAUUUUGUUCAGGUGAGAUUGCUAGUGCUUCUCUACAUCUAACCGUCUUGAUUUUGUUCAGAAAAAGGUGUCCAUGUUAAUGAAGAAGGCCAGCAUCAAGGGACAGAUGACGAUGAUCUGUUUUCUGAUAGUCUUGUUCAUUGUUCUUUUCGUUCUAGUUUUCUUGGCCUAGUUUCAUUUGUUUUCUGAUAGUUUGUGUAUGUAUUGUUAGGAAAUAGCUGUCUUGCAUAUAUCCAUCAUAUAUGAAUUUGAAAAGAAAAUUUUAUAGAAGUACACAACUUAUAAAAUCAUAUUUUCUAUUUGUCCCUGCUGUUUCAAAAUAUUUCAAUAAUCCCUUAUUUUAUAUUUUUCUCUCCAA